AUGCUCAAUCUACUCGGUCUUGUGUGGGCUGGAAUAUCUUUGCUUGCAAGUCAGACGGCCUCAGCCUUCCCUGCGGAUCUCACCGCUGCCAAUUUCUACGUACCUGCCCUGCCGGACCUCAGGCAGGACCCAGACCACCCCCUACAUCUCUACGCUGGCCACAUCCCCUCCGACCCCGAUGAGGACCGCGAGAUCCAGUCCCACCUCUACUUUUUCCUUAUCAAGAAUAGACGGACGGCGGACAAGAACCGUAUACUGUUCUGGUUCAACGGCGGUCCAGGCUGCUCAUCGUUCGAUGGGUUGAUGAUGGAGAAUGGACCAUGGCGGACAGAUGGGAAUGGUGGCUUGAAGCUAGUGGACGGUGGCUGGGAGGAAUAUACGACAAUGGUCUAUAUCGACCAACCCGCUGGAACGGGAUUUUCGUAUACCGCAGAAGGCCAUUACAUCCACACCCUAGAAGAGGCCUCCGAGCAAUUGCUUGUCUUCCUCAAAAACUUUUAUGAGGUCUUCCCUGAGUAUAAAACCACAGAGACCUACCUCGCCGGCGAAAGCUACGCAGGACAAUAUAUACCUUUCUUUGCGGAUGCCAUCCUCGACUCGAAUCUCAACAUACCACUGCGCGGAAUAGCCCUAGGGAAUGGAUGGAUAAGCGCGCGACACCAAUACCCUGCCUACUUCAAAUUCCUCGUCGCUCAGGGUAUACUGACCGAAGGCACCGAGGUGAGCAAGGAACGCUCCGAAGCAUGUACGAAACUGUACGAGGACGACUACCAAAAGGACAAUGCAAGCGAGCCGACAAGCGUUGGCGGAUGCGAGCGUAUGCUGUCUGAGAUUGCUGAGGUUAGACGAAAAAAGGUACACGGUCAAGAAUUGUGCAUGAACGUCUACGACGUACGAUUGGACGACACUUACCCAGAUUGUGGCAUGAAUUGGCCUCCAGAGGUCAAGCCUGUCGGCACCUACCUCAACCGCCCCGAAGUCAUCUCCGCCAUCCACGCGGACGCCCACACCACCCCCUGGGCCGAAUGCUCCAGCACCGUUGGCCGCCAGUUCUACAGCAAGCAGCACAACUCGUCCGUCAACCUCUUACCAGGAUUGCUCGAGCGCAUCGAGGUGCUGUUAUUCGCGGGCGACCAGGAUUAUAUAUGCAACUAUGUGGGGCAGGAGGAUACAAUUGCGGCUUUGGAGUGGGGUGGGAGGAGGGGAUUGGGGGACGCAGAGCGACUGGACUACACGGUUAACGACGAGCCUGCGGGCGUGUGGACGUCGGCGCGCAACCUGACCUACGUGAAGAUAUACAACGCAUCCCACAUGGUCCCCUACGACGUCCCGCACGUCGCACACGACAUGAUCCUCCGCUUCAUGCACGUCAACUUCUCCGCCCUCGCGGACGGUUCUGCGCGCAUACCCAGCAGCGUCGGCGCAGACGCCAAACCCCAUUUCGUUACUUUAGGUGAAGCGGAAGGUGGAGAAGGGGAGGGCAAGCCGGGGAAGACUGAGGAGCAGCAUACGGCAAUGGAGGAAGCCUACUUCAACGCCGGGUCCGCCGUUUUUGUCCUGGUAAUUGUCGCGGGCAUCAUCGGCGCGGUGAUGUGGUUCCGCUGGCGAAGACAGUCCCGCGUAGAGCCCGGCGUGCACCCGGACGAAGAAGAAAGCAUACCCCUCACCACCCGAGAACGAGACCCCGACACGGAGGAGCCCAUAACACCUAACAAAGGCAAAGGGCGCGCUGGCAUCCCUCCCCCGGCGCCUAUCUUCAACGACGAAGCGUUCUACCAGGAUAGGUAGCACUGGCUUGCACAAUCUAAUCUCAGUCACAGAUUACUGCGCGACAUUCACGCUACACACCAUCCUCAAGCUCACGAUCAUCCUCAAGCUCACAACGCCAGCCAAUAAGUAGCCACAUAAAUAAUACACUGACUGUGCGCCAUGUACUGUAAUUUACAGACUGACAGAGGCUGUCCCACCUACGCAUCCUUCCUCCCAUGCUCAUGCUCAUCCCUAUACCCAUCCUCAUCAUCGCUCCCCACAUCGAAUAUGGGCUCCGGCGGCAACAGCGCGCGCCCUUUCCCCUUAUCCUUCCUCUCGUCAUCGUCUCCACGCAACGUGCGCCCAUCGCCAUCUUCGCUAAGUCGGGGUGUACUGCUGUUUCGUAGGUUCCCCAUGCUGUCGCUGGCGUUCAGA